AUGAAGUGCCUGGCCGUUGUCAUCAUUGCCAUAGUGCUGGAAGUCUGCAAUGCCCAUUUGUGUAUGCUGAGUCCUCCCCAGAGGGGUUCUAUGGUUGGUAUUAACAAGGCUGGAGCCACAGACUGUAUACUGACCACUGCGCGAUGUGGCGGACGGCCAGCGGAAAAGCCUAUCAUGGGAUUGAAAAUGGGUAGCAAUUUUACCGUGACAUUCCAGAAGAAUCUGGAUCACUAUGACAAGGCCACCCCCGGGGCUUUCCAUGUGGCUAUCGGUCAGGAGAGACAGGGAACACAGAUGACCAAUCUGGUCAGUAUUCCGGAUGCUGGCGAGCCAUCAUUGACCCUAUAUUCUGUCAACGUUACCAUUCCAACAGGACUCGUCUCCAGACAACUUUACGUCCUGCAGACGGCUUACGUCACAAACAACAAAGAUGCGCCCGCUGUUUUCUACCAAUGUGCUGACAUCAUCAUUGAGGGAUAA